AUGGCAUUGGCAUUCAAUUUCAACAUAAGAAAAAAUGGUGACCAAAGCUUAACCCAGCUUAAGCCCAUGGUAACCAAAGCUUAACCCAGCUUAAGCCCAUCACAUGGUGUCAUGUGCGUCUCCUCUCUUCCCUUUCCUUUCCCUCUCUUUACAUCUCUAAACCAAAAAAAACGCCCAAAAAAAAAGGUCUCCCUGGUUAAAAUCUUUACCCAUUUAUUCAUGCUAACGCAACAAAACCCAGAUCCCAUCACUGUCACUUCUUAAUAGGAUUUCUUAUUCACAUCCCCAAAACAGCCCCAACAGUUUUUCUAUUUUUUUGUUCUUUGUUACUUUGUUUAUUUUCUGCUUAGAGUUUUUAUAGAGUGAAAAAAGGAAGUGUGGAGUGAUUAUAUAUAAUUUGUUGGAGGUGUUGUUUUGGAUCGAAUCUGAAUAAAUGGGUAGUACUGGAAUCUUGAUUUGGUGGUGAAUUGUGGAGGGUAUUUGGUUGAAAGAUGCGGCGGCGGGCUGCCGAUUACCGGCGCCCGGUUCGUAGGAGGUUUUCGCAUUGGAUCUGUGCGCUGCUUGGGCUAUUUGUAGUUGCUGUAUUGGUUUUAUUUGUAGUUCAUCAUAAUCAUCAUGAAGAUCGGGUUGAGCAUCCUGUUCAUGAGGAAGAUUCAAGAAGGGAGCAGGUUCAUGAGAAUUUAAACUUUACUGAAGAAAUAUUGAGUGCUACCUCAUACUCUCGGCAGUUGGCGGAGCAAAUGACACUUGCCAAAGCUUAUGUUGUAAUUGCAAAAGAGCACAAUAACCUUCACCUUGCCUGGGAGCUAAGCUCAAAGAUUCGUAGUUGCCAGCUUUUGCUUUCAAAAGCUGCAAUGAGAGGGCAGCCCAUAACAUUAGGGGAAGCAGAGCCAAUAAUCAGACAUCUAUCAUCACUCAUUUAUAAGGCACAAGAUGCUCAUUAUGACAUUGCAACUACAAUAGUGACGAUGAAGUCUCAUAUUCAAGCCCUAGAAGAGCGAGCUAAUGCAGCAACUGUUCAGAGUACAGUGUUUGGACAAUUGAUGGCAGGAGCAUUUCCUAAGAAUCUUCACUGCUUAAUUGUCAAGCUUUCAGCUGAUUGGUUUCAAAGGCUGCCGCUUCAAGACCUUGCAAAUGAGCGGAGAAACUCUCCUCGACUCGUGGACAACAAUCUCUACCACUUCUGCAUAUUCUCAGACAAUGUCCUUGCUACCUCAGUUGUAGUUAAUUCUACAAUUUCCAAUGCUGAUCAUCCUAAACAGAUAGUUUUCCACAUUGUCACCAAUGGGGUUAGCUAUGGAGCUAUGCAGGCUUGGUUCCUUAGCAAUGACUUCAAGGGGUCCACUAUAGAGGUGCAGAACAUGGAGGAGUUGUCUUGGUUGAAUGCUUCCUAUGCUCCCAUUGUAAAGCAGCUAAUAGACGUAGAUUCACAGGCCUAUGCUUUUGGGGAAAAUCAGGAGUUAAAAGUUGAGCCAAAAUUGCGGAACCCUAAAUAUAUUUCCCUGUUGAAUCACCUGCGAUUUUACAUACCAGAGAUCUAUCCGCAGCUUGAGAAGAUAGUAUUCCUUGAUGAUGAUGUUGUUGUGCAGAAAGAUCUAACGCCUCUUUUCUCAUUGGAUUUGCAUGGAAACGUAAAUGGGGCAGUGGAGACUUGUCUUGAAGCAUUUCAUCGUUAUUACAAGUAUCUCAAUUUCUCAAAUCCAAUCAUCAGCUCAAAAUUUGAUCCACAAGCAUGUGGAUGGGCAUUUGGCAUGAAUGUUUUUGAUCUGAUUGCAUGGAGGAAAGCAAAUGUCACUGCGAGAUAUCAUUACUGGCAGGAGCAAAAUGCUGAUCAAACACUCUGGAAACUGGGAACUCUUCCUGCCGGUCUUUUAGCCUUUUAUGGGCUCACAGAACCACUUGAUCGGAGAUGGCAUGUCUUAGGAUUAGGUUAUGAUCUUAGCAUUGACAACCGCCUGAUUGAGAGUGCAGCAGUUGUUCACUUCAAUGGGAACAUGAAGCCAUGGCUAAAAUUGGCCAUUGGAAGGUACAAGCCUCUAUGGGAAAGGUACAUAAAUCUGAGCCACCCAUAUCUCCAACAUUGUGUCACAAGUUGAAAUGUGCUAUCUUUUUUAUUGCUAGUAAUUCAUGCGAUCUUCAUCAAUAUAAACCUAUUAGGGCCGAUCGCGUUUAUUUGUAGAGUCGAAAGUGAAAAUUUUGACUUUAAUAGGAGAUUUCAUAUUUCUUUUUUUUUUGUUUUUUUUUUUUUUUAACUUUUAGUUUUUCUUUUUCAUCAUAGUAUCUUGAAAGGAAAAGAAUGACUUUUAUACAAGGGAAAGUUUGAAAGAUGAAAGAUAUGUGGGAAUUCAUUUUUGGCUGAUGGGGUUUUCUUUUUCCCCUCAAGCAAAGUGUAGGAAUUAUUAUUUGUUCUUUGCCAAUUAUUGCAAUAAUCCCUCUGCUCUGCUCUUAUGAUUUAUAUUAUAUAGCUGAAUCCCUGUAAUUCUCACCCCUUGUUUUUGUUAUUUCAAAUGUGAAGCACUUUACGAGGUCCAUCCUUUGCGAUGGAUUUGGGUUUCUUGAGGCAAAAUAAGUCAUAGGUAUAGAGAAGCUUAAAUAGCAAAAGCCUUUGUUAUUAAAUUGGCAUUCCAACAUUUAAUUCAGUUGUAAUCCAA